GCGGGGUUUUCUUGGGGAUCUGCAGUCAUGGGCAAGACACAGUAGACAGAAUCCCCUCUCUGAGCCUGCACGUCCUCUUCCGGCUCAGCAUCCAGACUCGCCCCUCGGAGAACCAAGGUCACCUCCAUGGCUGGACCUGGCUUCUUCACUCCAGAACCUUCCGGAAGCAGUGCAAUAGUUCCCAAACCCUUCAGCCUUGUCUGUCUGCAGUCCACCUGCCCCGGCUGCAUAGAGGAGAGAAGAACUGAGGCUUAGAGGGACAGGGUGCUGAGACUCCUCUGCUGGGACGUCCCCUCUCGCGGGACUGGGGAGCAGCAGGAAAACCUCAUCCAUCUGCCACAGAGCUCAGCCAGUGACAGCUGCUUCCCGGACGGAGGGCGGCCCCCGCAGCCAGCAGGAAAGCCAGCCCCACAGCAGCCUCCUCGCAGCUCCCCAGCUGCCCAGACCACACAGGCGCUCCUGCACCACACUGGGGGUUCGCACAAGAGACGCUCAGCCCUGAAACCUCAUAACCGCGUCUCUGCUCUGGAGGCAAAGCCGUCAGAGUGUGUGCUGGUCCUGAUGACAGCCGAAGCCAGCUCGGGGCCCCGCCCCUCGGAGGUGGUCACGCCGACCGCCCCAGCCAGCGACUUCCCGGAGAUCCACAACUGGACGGAGAUGCUUGACUUCCUCAACGCCACGCUCUCCGAGUGCCACCUGAACCUCAGCGAGAACACCAAGCGUGCGGUGCUGUUUGUGGUCUACCUGGCCAUCUUCGUGGUGGGACUGGUGGAGAACCUGCUGGUGAUCUGCGUCAACUGGCGACGUGCGGGCCGCGUGGGGCUGCUCAACCUGUACGUCCUCAACAUGGCCGUCGCGGACCUGGGCAUCAUCCUGUCGCUGCCCGUGUGGAUGCUGGAGGUCACCCUGGACUAUACCUGGCUGUGGGGCAGCUUCGCGUGCCGCUUCACACACUACUUCUACCUGGCCAACAUGUACAGCAGCAUCUUCUUCCUGGUGUGCCUCAGCGUGGACCGCUACGUCACCCUCACGCGAGCCUCGGCCUCCUGGCAGCGCCACCAGCACCGAGCGCGCCGGGCCGUGUGUGCGGGCGUCUGGGUCCUCGCGGCCAUCGCGCCGCUGCCUGAGGUGGUGCACAUUCAGCUGAUGGAGGGCCUGGAGCCCAUGUGCCUCUUCAUGGCGCCUUUCGAAACAUACAACUCCUGGGGCCUGCUGGUGUCCCUGUCCACCACCAUCCUGGGCUUCGUGUUGCCCUUCCCUCUCAUCGCUGUCUUCAACGUGCUCACGGCCUGCAGGCUCCGGUGGCCGGGGCAGUCCGAGGGCCGGCGCCACAGCCUGCUUCUCUGUGCCUACAUAGCCGUCUUCACCAUCUGCUGGCUGCCCUAUCACCUGGCCCUGCUGCUGCUCACCCUGUACGGGACCCACAUCUCCCUCCACUGCUACCUGGCCCACCUGCUCUACUUCUUCUAUGACAUCAUCGACUGCUUCUCCAUGCUGCACUGCGUCGCCAACCCCAUCCUUUACAACUUCCUCAGCCCCAGCUUCCGGGGCCGGCUGGUGAGCGCCGUGGUCCAUUACCUCCCCAAGGACCAGGCGCGUGCAGGCGGCCGGGGCUCCUCUGCCUCCUCCACGCAGCAUUCCAUCGUCAUCCUCAAGGAGGGCAGCCCGCCCUCUGCAGCAGGCCCCGGGCCACACCAGGGCCCCAACUGCCAGGCGCCCUCUUUGCCUCCAAAUACCUCGCCCAUCUCCGUGCCCCAACCUCCCACGCCCAGCGGAGGUGGGCCGCAGGCACCUCGUGAGUGAAGGGAAGGCGGGAGGGCCAGGGGAGAGAUUCCUGGGGUGUGAGCAUCUGAGCACCUGCGGGCCAUGUUGAGUAGCCCUCAAAAUGGAGAGGUGGCGGGGGUGGGGACAGAGAACAGGUCCUUGUAUCCAAGGGGCCAUGCAGGAAAAAAACAAAGGUGAAAUAAAGCGUAGAGGCGGCUCUGUCUCCGA